CCCCCUUCUUUGUGUUAAAAAGCGAGCCAACCUGUUGAGUGUGUGAGGGAAGUGUUGAAGGCUGGGUGUGGGCUCUGCUCAGUGAGGAGGACGCUGCUUCAGCCGCACAUUCAUAUCAGUCCUUCUGCUUUCUGCUGCUCACUUUAACCAUUUACAAGACCUAAACAUUUCCAGGCCUGAAGAUGUCGAGGAUCUGCUCUUUGGUUUUGGUGACAUUUAUGUCCCUGGUGCUUGUAAAGGCGGAGGCUGAAGUGGAUGAUCCCUUUACAUUUGACUACCAUAGACUGCGGGUCGGAGGCCUCAUCCUGGCUGCUGUGCUCUGUCUCAUUGGCAUCACUAUUCUGUUCAGUGGCCACUGCAGAUGCAAGUUCAACCAGAAGAGACCGAGGACAGGAAGCAAUGCUCAGCAGAUGCUCAACGACAAAGGGCGCGCCUGUGAAUGCUAGAUAACAUUAACACGACGGGUUCCAGAACAUCCAGCCAACAGAAAACCAUAGAGGAUCAGCAGUGGGAUUUAUUUAAGACCAAACUCAGUCUUUGCUGUUAUUUAGAGAAAUCAACAGAAAGUAGUCAGUGUUUACCAGAUUGUAGGUGUGAAGCCCCCCUGCCUGACAACUGAGCUACUGAUCUGCAGCCUGCCUCUAUAUCACUCUCAGUUUGUACAUAAAACUGCGUCACUUUCAUUUCACUCAGAUGGACUCCUUGUUUUUGAGGAAGUGAUUUUCCUGGAAUCAUCUCAUAGACUCAGAGGUCUGUGAAUUCUUCCAAAACGAGAAUAAAAUGCUUCAUAAUUCAUUGCGUUUUGCCAGACCUGACUGACUGAAAUGAAAGUGACUUUGAUGAUAAUUCAAACGCAUCACCAAAAAAUUAUCCUAGAGCUUAACAUAAACUGUAGGCUUUGUGUCAUCACUUCUGUCAUAUAUGCUGUAUGUGUGAGGUAAACAAUAAUGUAGACAUUAGUCACAAUCCUAACCUAAUCUGUGUUUAAUGUCAAUUCUAUGAAAUGAGUGUUCUUUUUCCAUGCUUUGCUUCAUGGAGGAGUGUAGUGCAUUGCACUGUUAAAUGAGUCCUGUUUCUAUAAAAUAACAGUAAAACAAA